UCAUCUUCCCAAACGUGAUCUCCUUUAACAACUGUGAGCGCUCAAAUGCUUGUUGCCAGGUUACCAUCCAGCACUGUGAAAAACGGGAUUGUGUAUGCAAGCAGCAUGGAGAAACAUCGCUGACUUGCGCCCGUCUCAAAAUAAUGAAUCACCGAUGUAUUCAGAAUAGGAGGAAUGCGAUGAAUAUGCGAGUGUGAUCGGGAUCGAAUCCGCAGCGUCGGAGCCGGGGGUAGCCAUGCAGCUCCAGUCUGCAGCACAAUGCAAGGUGUCCGGCUUCAUACUGAAUGAAAGAUGCACCCUGUCUUCAAAAAUGGAAGUCCACCGUGAGCAGAGUAUCUGUCAGGCGCGGGCUGCUGUCAUGGUAUAUGAUGACGCCAAUAAGAAGUGGGUUCCGGCUGGUGGAUCCACAGGCUUUAGUCGAGUCCACAUCUAUCAUCACACUGGCAACAACGCCUUCAGAGUAGUGGGCCGUAAAAUUCAGGACCACCAGGUGGUAAUAAACUGUGCCAUUCCCAAGGGGCUGAAAUACAACCAGGCCACACUAACGUUUCACCAGUGGCGAGAUGCAAGGCAGGUGUACGGCCUUAACUUUGGCAGCAAAGAGGAUGCCAAUGUAUUUGCCAGUGCCAUGAUGCACGCCCUGGAGGUGCUGAACUCUCAGGAUGCAGGCCCCCCGAUGCCAAGACAGACCCCUCAGGUGCAGAAUGGCCCAUCACCAGAUGAACUGGAGGUGCAGAAAAGGCAGCUGCAGGAGCUCCAGCGUCAGAAGGAGCAAGAGAGGGAACGACUGGAGCGAGAGCGGCUAGAGCGGGAACAGCAGGAACGAGAGAUGCUGGAACGGGAACGUCAGGAACGGGAGCGUCUGGAGCGGGAGCGUCUGGAGAGGGAACGUAACGAGCAGGAACGUCUGGAGCGCCUUGAGCGUGAGCGUCAAGAGCAGGAGCAGCUCGAGCGAGAACGCCAGGAACGGGAGCGCACCGAGCGGGAGCUGAUGGAGAGAGAGCGUGCCGAGAGAGAGAAGCAAGAAAGAGAGAACCAAGAGCAGCUGGACAGAGAGCAGAUGGACUGGGAGAGAGGGAGACGCAUCUCCAACGCUGCAUUUGAAAGCACCCUCUACACUCCUCCACCUCCAGAAUACAAGACCACCUCCUCCUCACCCGUGUCUCCUUCCACACCCAGCUACCCACCACCAACGCCAUCUCCCUCCACAGCCACUCCUCCGACCCCGCCCCUGCGCCACUCGGCCUCCCGAUUCGCCACGUCGCUUGGCUCCGCCUUCCACCCGGUCCUGCCUCAUUACGCCACCGUACCUCGCAGACAGCCUGCCCCGCCCACACCACCACCCCCUGCUCCACCUCCAGUUCCAGUUCCAGCCUCCAAAUCCGCAGUCUGGAUGGCAAACAACUUCACGCCCCUACCGCCCUCACCUCCGGUCAUGAUCAGCAGCCCCCCGGGCAAGGCCAAGGGUCCUCGCCCGAUGAUUAUGAUCCCGGCCCCUAGUCCGCUCUCCCAGAAACCCCCCUCGCCCAUCUCGGCGCCCAAUGGGCCACCCACCACACUUCACUUCCACGUCUCAUCACCGGUGUCGAGUCAGCCGUUUUCUUUGCCGCCAACGCCGCCCCCUCCGCCGCCACUCUAUUCCCCCUCGCCCACCUUGUCCAUCACUCCCCUUGUGUCUUAUCCCUCACCCCAGCCUGCUGUUCUCCCUUCUCCUUCCACAGCCUUCCCUGCCUCUGCUGAGCACUCUGUAAACUCUGGGUUGGGAGACUCCUGCUCCUCUGCUCCAGAGCUGCCCACUCAGCCUGCUGACUUCCCCUGCCAGCCGGAUUCAUCACAGGGGAUACCAGCCCCUCCACCCCCACCACCACUCCCUCCCAGCUCCACUGUGACUCCUACCACUGCUGGACCUCCACCACCCCCUGGUCCCCCUCCUCCUCCCCCACCACCUCUGCCCCCCACACUCACCCCAACAGGUCCUCCCCCUCCCCCUGGCCCACCGCCUCCACUUUCAGGCCAGGCUCCUCCACCAGCUCCACCCCCAGCCCCGCCUUUGCCCUCGGGUCUGUUUACCCCCUCGCCCACCACAGAGGAGAACAAGGGUCUGUCUGGGCUCGCAGCCGCCCUUGCUGGAGCCAAGCUAAAGAAAGUGCCAAGGAGUGAUGAGCCCCAGGCAGGAUCUGCGGUGAGUUCUGGUGGUCCCAAGCCAGAGGCAUCCCGUGGAAAUGGUCUUUUACCUGGAGGAGGAGGAGGUCUGAUGGAGGAGAUGAGCGCCCUGCUGGCCAGGAGGAGAAGAAUUGCUGAGAAGGGAUCAUCGCCAGAGCCUGAGCAGAAAGCUGAUGACACUGAGGCUACCAUAACUCCAAAAGUGUCAGCCUGUAGCACUCCAGAUAUGCCCAGAAAGCCUUGGGAGAGGACAAACACCAUGAAUGGUAGCAAAUCACCAGUCAUCGGAAGACGGGACACACCAUGGAGAAAUCAGAUGGGUACUGACAAGUACUAUGAUUCCUUAAACAGACCAAGGUCUACACCAACUCCUACCGGAUCCAUAAGUGCCAAUGGGGUGCCAACAGAAGCUCUCGACUAUGACAGAUUGAAACAGGACAUUCUAGAGGAGAUGAGGAAAGAACUAUCGAAGCUUAAAGAAGAACUUAUUGAUGCAAUCAGGGAGGAGUUGGGCAAGUCAAACUCUGCGUAGGAGGAUGAGAUGCACCUGUAUUUUUUUUAUCCACAAUCUGUCACUUCAGAGGUCAGCUUCAGUUUAAGACACUAUCUCAAAAGCAAUGAAAAUGGAGAAUUACAGUUUUAACCAGUGGUGAUCACAAUAACCAUGAUAAUUCGGAGGAUCUACGAUGAAGUUUUGAGCAUCAAAAAUGGGGCAUAAGAGGCGUAACAGUGAGAGGAUAACCAGAUGCCUCAAAGCAACGCCAUACACCAAAAGCCCCGUCUUGAAGGGGGUCAAGACACAGUCUUAAGGAAGUGACUGUCAGUAUGCAAUGGAUGACUCUUUACUGUGGAAAGAAAAAAGACACUGAAUUACAUACUGUAUUAACCAUCGAAGAGUGAAAUUGUAAAACAAGCAGAUGACAUUCAUUUUACUGCACAUUGUUUAGCAAAGGGCAGGUUUUGUUUAUGAAUUUAAAAAGGUGGUGGUGGUGAAGUUACAUUAAGUUGGCCUUGUAUAAAGCAAAACCUUGAAUCUGGCCAACCAAAUGACUAUGGUCUAUUGCUGCAGGACUCUAAAGCUUGUCUUCCUACUAUUUUAACCAGAAUAUAUACAUUAAAAUGACAACAAAAUAAACAUUAUACCUGCAAGUCAUUCAGUCAACCUGUUCUAAUGUACGCCAUGACCACAUCAGGUAGCUUACUUGCUCUUUUGGACGGUUUUCGUUAUUAUUCUCUUUUCAAAAGUGAAUGCUCGACAGGCUGUCUCCAAUUAAUCACUGUUAUCUGUAUACCUUCAUCUUGUGUGUUCGCUAAGUGUUCAGAAAGAUCACGAAGGACAAUGCCUUUCUACUGUACGUCAUUGUAGCUCUCUACCAAAAUCCUCUCAGCCAAUCGAAGUUAAGGUUGACGUCAGCGUCAGCUCAGACCGUAUCUGUAGAUAGUGCUAACCAGAAAUACUAUGAACUUUUUAUUCACCGUAGGCUCUUUUCGUAUUUCUUUUUCGAUUUCAGUGCAUGUCUUCUUAUGAUUGGUAAGGGAAAAAUGGUUGCCACGAAAAAUAAUUGAAUUUUCCGUUCAUAAGCAAUAAGUGUAGCAUUGUUACGCAAAUUUCUCUCUCUCUGUCCUUUAAUCAUCCACUCUGCCCUCAAACUGUGGUUGAAUUAUAUUUUCCAUACACGUUCUCAAAAUGCAGUUUGCAAUGGACAGCUCUUUAUAGCCAUAAUACAUUUGCAGCGGUUUGACAUUUUACUAAUUUUACCUUACUUUGGGAUUCAAAGAUGCGAAAGAUCAUGUAUGGCUACUUUAUUCAUUUUGCAUGGGGUGUUUACCAACGAAAAAAAGUCAGGAAUAUCUUAUCGAGGGCCUAGACACACAUAACAUCAUCUUGAAUGGUUUUGGGAUUUUUUUUUUUUUUUUCUGCAAGCAUUUAUCGUUUAUCCUCUUUCUGCACACUGGAAAGCACUUGGCUCUUGUUUUUUUAAGAGGGGCUUUAUCUUCCAAACACGAUUUUGUUAGGGAACUUUAUUGGGAAGUAUUCCUUUUAAGACCCAAAAUCUUUUGAACAAACAUGAAGUGUGAUUUAUAGGCUGUGCGAAUUUUGAGGAGAAUAACUGAGAACAUGAAUUUGUGACGUUCUUUCUGAACAGGUUUUUCCCUCUGUUAUCCAUUUCCUCCCGCUAUGCUCACUCAUCAAUCCUUUCAUUUCUUUUCACUUCCAAACCAUCACUCAAAAUGAUCUCUCAAGGAAUCAGAAAGUUUGUAUAGAGUGUUUACAGCAUUGAUUGCACUUUAAAAACCCGUAGAAGUUCAAAUGAUUCUAUUGCCGACAAGACUGCCGUCAUUUUGUGAUCGGCACUAUCACCAAAGCUAAACGGUAAUCUAUAGAACGUCACAAUCUCCUGAUCCACCUUUGUUUUGACAAUAAAUAACUAUUGUUGAUUGGUCUUUAUGUUAAGCAGGUAAAAUGUAUUGAUCAGGGUUGAUUCAUUCCUGGAUAAACCUGUUUGUGAUCUUCAUGGUUCGUGCCUUGUUCGGAAAUUGCAUUUGAUGUGUCAAAAAUUUAAAUGCGUAUAUAUAGAGAGUAUUAAUUUAGGGCCCUCCAUAACUUUAUUCAUUUGCUUUGCAUUUUGCUUCAGUGACACUUUUACGAUCUUUGUUUAAAAUAAAUUUCUGUUCUAUCGUUCAUGUUGUACCAUACUGUUUUCAUGUUAAUUAAAAGUUUCUUACAUGCUAACAAUGUUUUGUUUGAGCCAAUUAAAUAAAAAUUGCAAUACA